UUCUGGGAUCCCCGGCUCGAGCACCAGGGUCGAAACAAUAUCGGUUUAUGCUAAGGAGAACCGGAACCAGUCACAGCCCGCUCCCCAAAUAGGAUCAUCAUCAUACCUAGAGGGUGAGAGAGAGAGGAGUGCAAGCAUGGACUUCGAAGAGGCGUACGCGGCGGACGGCGACCGUGGAAGGACGCACGAGUAUCGCGAACCAAUUACCAUGACUUUCGAACCUAACGAGUGCUCACCUACCUCCUCACCACCACCACGACAAUCUAGUCGUCUUCGAGCGCUCGCCGAGAGCAAUAACGCCCUGCUGUCGAACGUGCAGCAGCAGCAUCACCAACAAAACCACCACCAUCAACGGCAGCAGUCGGCCCCGGAUCUGUACGCCGAAGCUAGAACACCGUCGCCCGCGAGCCGCGCGAGGCACCGCUCCCAAGACAUGCCGUUCACCGGCGACGGCCGCGGCAGCCGACGCCAGGACGACAACUCGCCCGGGAAAUUCGGCGGCUGGCUGAACGCACCGUCGGUUGGAGAGGGCAGCGGCAAUGGCAGCAGCGGCGGCAUCGUCGUCUCCCCAGAUACCACGCCGACGCCGAAGAGCGCGACGCCGUCCCGCCUCGGGUUCUUCGGGUGGUUGACGACGCCAUCGCCUAGCACAUCCACCAACCCCAACAUCACCAUAACUCCUUCCCACAACGACGCCAACGACCCCAGCACCAGCACCAGUACCGGCCGCGCCACCGCCGACGAGCUGCUCAACCUCGACGUCGACGCGGCUUUGUACCCGUCCCCCGCGGACCGCGACGUCUUCUCCCCCGCCGCGUACAAGAACCUGCAGCAGAACGCGUCGGGGCUUCUGCGGCGGAUGCAGGACGCGUACCGGGCGCGGACGAUCGCGUACAAGGAAGUGGUAGCGGAGCGCGAGGCGCAGAGGGAAGAGGCCGAUGAGACGGAGUUAAGAGUGCGGAGCCUGCGAGCGCAGCUCGAGAGCAUGGCGGAGAAGGCGCAGGAGCAGGAGCUUGCGAUGCGGAGACUGGUUGCGGAGCUUAGGUUCGAGAGGAGUGCUAGGGAGGAGGAGAGGCAGGAGGAGAGGAAGGAGAGGGCGAGGUUGGAGAGGGAGGUUGAGGGGUUUAGACGCAGGGAGAUGGAGGUGGGGAUGGGGGGUGAGAAGGAUGGCGAUGGAGGGUUGGCGGAGGGCCCGCUGAUCACGGAGGAUUUGUGCGUCGAUGAAGAGCACGAGCGUAAGAGGUGGCGGAAGAGCGACGGCACGGUGCGCUCGGAUCUGAGUAUCGAUACGGAUGCCGAGAGCGCUGAGUCCGAGAGCAUAUUCAGUCGGAGCAGGAGCCCGACGGCGAUGACGAGCGCGACGGAGAGCGAGGUCAAUGCCGAGUUGCUGAGUGUGCGGACGCCGCCCGUUUCUGUGUCCCAGGGCCAGAAGAAGGUCGCGACGACGACGCCUCAGCUCACUGCCUUCCAGAGAUUGGUUAAGGGGAUUUCCGGCGACGGCGCGAAUGCGGGAGCGGGCGUGGACGGGUGCAGCAACUGUAGAGGCCAGGACUCGAGCGUCGCGUGGGAUACGGUGAGCCUCCUGCGCGACGAGAACAGGGGCCUGAAGCAUCGCGUCGCCGAGCUGGAGGUUGUCGUGGACGGAGCGUUGGAUGUGGUGAACGGGAUUGGAUUGUCGUGAUAUGCAUAUA